AUGGGCGAAAUUGUGCUGUACAAUCUGCAAGAUGGAGUGGAGGUGUAUUCCGCAUGCCUGGUCAUUCAUGGGAAGUGUUCCUCGAGUAACACAAGUGUGAUCGAGGUCAGGCAUUCUCAAUUUCCUUGUUUAAGGUAUGAGGUGCACAAAAGCGGGUUUAAGUGCCUUGUCCAGCUGUCCCCGGGUGAGAACAAAUUAACAUUCGCUACUGACCAGAAAGAAUCGAAAACAGUUACCUGCCAUUACACGCCUUUGGUACAAAAUGAACCAGUGCACUUGUGUCUAUUAGUUGCGCGCGAUUCGCCUAUGGUUUUUGACUCGCCCAGCAGUCAGCAAAAGAAAGAAGGAGGUAACAACCUGGAUCUUGCUGUUCGUAAGUUACGUUUGGGCGCGCGGCUCAUGCAGGCUUACACAAACGAGCAAAUGUUGCGGAAUGGCUUUGGACCAAGAACGUUCCAGUUUGUCGAAGAGUAUGGUUUGGACACGACGUUUAAGCAGCCUGAAAUGCGUAACCGCGUAAAAGUUCACAUUGUCCGUACAGAGAAAAGCGUCAAAGAACUUCGUGAUCCUGAUCGUGCGCAACAAAACCCACAUGCCAAAGAUGCCGGUGGCCUGUUUGGGAUUGCGAUGGAGGCGCUUCGUAAAUAUGGAGGACCUUUCGCCUCCAGCAGCGAGCGCCCGGUCCAGGCCGCCGUGAUGAUACUCGACGCACACUGGGACGCUAAGCUCAACCUGAUUACUGCUCACGCCGCAUUGGGAGGGGGCGAUGACUCGCUAAAACUCGCAAUUUUUGGCUCUCAUGGCUUGUACGCAUGGCCUUAUUUCAUUGAAGAUGUUCCAAGAUACUUCACUGACGAGACCCGCAGUUCCACCAAAGAGGUUGCGAAUGACUGCAAUGAAUGCGGCUCACACUGGGAAUGUUUUACACUUACACUUGGAGCAUUCAUGCAUGAAAUUGGCCACUUAUUGGGCUGCCCUCACCAGGAGAACGGUGUCAUGUUGCGUGAUUAUGUUCGGCUUAACCGCUCUUUUCUAAGUAAAGAAGCGUUUUCAACAAGGACAAAUUCUAACGGUGCUCAACCUCCAAUAUAUCCUCGUGAAGAAUGCACAUGGCACAGACUCGAUCUGCUCAAGUUUUUGUAUCACCCUUCAUUCACUCUUCCACAAGACUUUUAUGACCCUUCAAUGAUGAGACCCGGCUGUAUUGGCGGAUUCAAAGCCCCUUCCCCUUCCGUUUAUGUUCUGCCGAACAACUGCUGUGUCCUGAGGUCCGAAACCGGAAUAUAUUGCAUUCAAAUUAUAUGUGGUGAUUUGGCGAGAGCUCAUAUUGAGUACUUGCCCAUCUCGCUCGGCGGAACGGGCCCGCAGAAAGAAAUCUUUCUUUCACUCGAUGAUUUAAGGUCUCGCAUUCCGCCAGAGCACUUAGAAAAAUAUCGCGACUCUUUCAAGAUUAAAGCUUGUGCAGUCAAUUCACCUGAAAGUAACUGGGAGCAGUUCCCACGCUUCUUACAGGCUUCUCAAAUUCCGAUGGCUAAUUACGGCUUCCCAAAACACGUUGUUGGGAUGAAAUCGAGUCUUUACGGCGGUGCAGACAGAGGGAAAGAUGUCGGUAUAAUCGCUUUCGAUGGCAGAAGAGUUACGGCUGUUCGCGUAUUCCAUGGUGCAGCUUUGGAUGGCAUUAUGCUCUUCCUUGACGAGGGCAACAGUAAUCCCGAGAAAGAUCCUCCCCUGCCACCCAGAACUUACAUGGGGAAACUUACAAAUGCAAUGAAGUCCGUUUCCAUACAAUCAACUGACCGCCAAAGUGUGCUUUUUGGGAAGCAGACAAACUCCUACAGUGAUUUUGAGAUGAACUUUGGUGAGCAUUUGCUUGGAUUCAACCUUCGCUCAGGUUGUUGGGUGGAUGGCGUCCAGGUCUUGACCACGCAGGGCCGCGCAAGUAAGUUUUUUGGAAACAAUGGAGGUGGCAGCCAACACCAAAUCAUUGCGCCAGGUGGACAACACAUCUUGGGUUUCUACGGAAGAGUCGGACAAUGGGUCGAUGCUAUCGGAAUUGUUUAUGGAGCAAUUUAA